AUGCAGCCCUUGAACGGGCAGCCCGGACACCGCUUCGGCGUGAACCGCAUCCUGCGGCUGGGCGAGGACAGCUUACUCUCCGCCGGUCGCGACGGGGUGGUUCGGCGCUGGGACGUUUCCUCGAUGCUUGAUCAGGCAGCAGCAAGAGGGAGCGCCGGCAGCGGACGACGAGAUGAUGGCAUGCAUGGAGGGCAAGACGCCGCUGCGAGAGCAGCGGCAUCGAACAGAAGAACGCCGCCGCUGCCGCCGCCUCCGCCGCCCCUCCGCCCCAACGCUUUGGCCACAGUCGCUGGCCACGGUGACUACGUCAAGUGCCUGACGUACGCGGAGCAGCGCGGCGUUCUUGUCUCCGGGGGGCUAGACAAGCGCAUCCUCUUGUGGGACCUGCAGCGGAUGUCGGCGCCGCUGAUGGUCCUACGCGGCGGGUCGGGGGCAGCAGAGGGCGGCGGCUCGGACGGCGGUUGGGGAGGAAGCGCGAGCAACAACGCGAUGAUGAACUCCGCUGGCUACUCGCCGGCCGCGGGGCGACAGCACGGGGGCGGGCAACAACAAGGCGCGGGGGCUCCGUGGUUGAGCGACGAGGGCGAAGGGGGGUGGCCCCACCUCAGGGACCCCUUGCGCGUGGCGCUGAGGGCCGGGCAGGCUGCGGCCGGGCCGAACGAGGUCCUGGAGCUGUGUCGGCAGAACAAGGGCUCGGUGCACUGCGUGGCGGCCGCCGCGGACGCGUCUCUCGUUGCAAGCGGCGGCACGGAUCGCAUGAUCCGCCUCCUGGACCCGAGGGCCGGCGGGGGGCAGGCGGCCAAGGUCUGCAAGCUGGACGGGCACGGGGACAACGUGCGCUGCGUGAAGAUCGACGAGGGCGGCACUCGCGUGGUGUCUGGCUCCUCCGACGGCACGAUAAGGGUGUGGGACGUGCGGCAGCAGUGCUGCCUGGGCGUGUACGAGCUUCCCGGCGGAUCGGUGUGGGCGAUGCAGCCGAGCCCCUGCGACUUGGACGUGUACUAUAGUGGUGGCCGAGGGAGGCGGGUCUAUCGUACCGACUUCCGCACUGGAGAGAGCUCCUUGGUGUGCGUGACCGACUCGGAAGUGUUGGACAUGGAGCUCGAGCUCGGUCGAGAAGGGGGCAGCGACGGCACCGACUCUUGCGAGCAGCCCAUGUCCAUGUGGCUCUCCUCCACGCAGCCCCACAUCGCCCUUUGGGGGGGUGAGGCAAGCGGCGGGGGCCUAGUGCUCCGAUCCGGUCGCCCAGCGGCAUCGGCCGGGGCGUCGGCGGUGGCGGACGGCGAAGGGGACAGGGCGGAGGAAGACGACAUGGACAUGGACGUGUUUGGCGUCACGCCGCCGUUCGCCGAGGACCCAGCGGAGGGGGGAGGAGAAGCAGGGGGUAUGGGUGGCGAACGCGGCGGGUGUCUCUUGGACGCCCCUGUCGGGCUGAUUCGCGGCCAGCCGGGGGUAGUUAGACACAAGGUCCUGAACAACAGGCGGCACGUGCUGACGGAGGACGACGCCCGCCCGCUCCCGAACGUGGCCCUGUGGGACGUGACCAAGGCCCGGCAAGUGGAAGCCUACCCCCCCGGGACCGUGCUGGAGGACAAGGAGCGCUCCCUCCUCGAGAUCAUAGCGGUGCGGCCGUGGUUCACGGUGGACACACACCUGGGCACCCCGCUCGUGUCCCUGUCGGAGAGCAACGUCUUCGACGGCGAGCUGUACGCCGUGGACGCCCGCGGGGAGCGCCAGACGCUCCUCGCGUCGCCGUCGCCGUCGCCGUCGCCAUCGCCGUCGCCUUCGCCGCCGGCGGCGGCGGACAACGGGGUGGUGGCGACGGAGGAGGCCGCGACGGAACCCAAGUUCUCCCGGCAGCCCGCACCGUCAUCCUCCUCCUCGUUGUCUUCGCCCUUGCCGUCUGCGUCGCAGGGAAAGGGGGGGGCGGCUGUCGCGAAGACGGCGGAAGGGGGGACCGCGGAUGGAAGCGUGGAAGGCGGGGCGGGUGCAACGGUGGCGGCGGCACCGAAGGGUGUGGCGGCAGGAGCGGAGCCAGGGCCGGGGCCGGCGGCGGCGGCGGCGGCGGCAGCGGCGGCGGCGUUACGGGCGCCGAAGGGCCGCUCGGUGCAGGACGAAGUGAAGGUGAACCUCGGGGACGCCGCCCUCCGCGGGCUGUUCUCGCGGUGGGUCGACCAGCACCUCCGGCUGCACGGCGACGGGGGGAGGGGGUGGGGGGGGGCUCUGGCGUCGUCAAAACUCU